GUUGUUUCUGUCGGAACAGCAUCUGUCAAAGUUACUUCAGAAGCUUCGGAAAAAUAUAUACAACGCCAAAAUAUUAAUGUAGUUUUCCGCAUUUGACGAAUGUGUAAAUGGAAUAAUAUAAAAUUAUAAUAUAAAUCUUUGUGGUACGAAAUAGACGUAUCGUCCAAAAGCAGGCACAAAAAAGCUCGGCCGUAAAAAUGGAUUUCGAGGAUGACUUUUUCUUUGAGGAGGACAAAAUGUUUGUUGUUAAGAUAUUCUCAAAUUAAUAUGUUCAACGUAUCGUCCGUUUUUCUGUUUUACAGUCUCGAUGUGCUUUAUUUUUAUUGUUCCGUGCAUGCUUCACUCGUGUCUCUCGUUGCACAACAGUCUGACGGAUAAUAAAAUUCUUUCGUCGGAUAACGAAUCGUCUAUGAACUUGUUAGAAUUUUCCAACAACGAGAUUUCUCGUACGACAACUGAGACGCCUUCCGCCAGUGUGGAACUUCACCAGCUAGCAAUGAUGGAAGACCGCAUACCGGAUGUAAGUCUUGUCGCGCAGGAACAAAUCACAACUGCACCAAAACAAAAUAUACAACAAAUGGGGAUGACGAUCACGUCUGGGAACGUGGUGGUCAAGAAAGAUAGUAGCAACCUGAUCGGAAUAAGUAUCGGUGGCGGUGCGCCCUAUUGUCCGUGUCUCUACAUAGUACAAGUAUUCGACAACACACCAGCUGCUGUCGAAGGAACUUUGCAAUCGGGUGAUGAGCUUGUGGCUGUUAACGGAGCCUCGGUUCGUGGCAAGACGAAGGUUGAAGUGGCAAAAAUGAUACAAGCUUGCGAAUCACAGGUCAGCAUUAAUUACAACAAACUCCAUGCUGAUCCACGACAGGGGAAAACUCUGGAUAUUGCUCUAAAAAAGGUGAAGCAUCGAUUGGUCGAGGGAAUGGGGAGUGCUACUGCAGAUGCGCUUGGAUUGUCACGAGCUAUUCUUUGCAACGAUGCACUUGUCCAACGACUAAUGGCACUUCAGCGUACUGAAAAUUUGUACAGGGGUCUCGUGGCUCACGCAAAAUCAACGUUGCACGCCUUUUUUGAUCUCACCCAAAUAUACAAGGUAUUCGGGGACGCAUUUGCGUCGAUAGGAGUUCGGGAGCCACAGCCACGAGCGAGCGAGGCAUUUCGUCAAUUUGGUGAGCAACACCGACAAAUGGAAAAGUAUGGAGUAGUGAUGUUGAAAGCGUUGAAGCCAAUUCUUAGUGACCUUGGAACUUACCUGCACAAAGCGAUACCAGACACUCGUUUGACCAUAAGCAAAUACGCUGAUGCUAAAUUCGAGUAUUUAUCGUACUGUCUCAAGGUCAAAGAGCUCGACGAUGAGGAGCAGAGUUACGCGACGCUCCAGGAGCCUCUUUAUCGAGUAGAAACCGGAAAUUACGAGUAUCGUCUUAUCUUGCGUUGUAGACAAGAGGCGAGAGCCAAAUUUGCCAAAUUACGUUCAGACGUGUUAGUCAAACUCGAGUUACUCGACAAUAAACACGUCCAAGACGUUGUGUGGCAACUGCAAAAAUUCGCUUCUGGUCUGGCCAAAUAUUAUGCUGACACAAGAGACCUCUUGGCUCAAAAUACCUUGUUUCCUGUCGAAGUCGAUCUUUCGCAAACUGCUUUUCAAUACAAAACACCGGGACUUCCCUUGACCGAGGACGGCAACGACGAUAAUGAUGACGUUUAUUACACCGAUGAAAAACCCAAAGAAACUGAAGACAAUCUCUUACUCGAUACCAAAGAAAAUCCACCCUUGAUACCCCAGCUCGUUGACCUGCAAUGAUCUUUUCUCAUCAACGAACAAAUCCAUCCUGCAUAAGCACGAGAUCAAACCAUCCUCAAGCAUACCAAGGUUGAUAUCAUAUUUUCUAUGCUCCUUGAGACACACUAUUCAAUAAGGUAUUUUACAUUAAAAUAAAACAACAACAACAACAACAGAAAAAACAAUUAUGCUAAGUGAAAAAAACGGAAAAUCGAUCACGUCAUUUUGGUGCCAAUCAAAAAAUGUUCAUAAACUUCGAGUCGUCGCUCUGGCUAAACUUUACACUUUUCAUGCUAGACAAACUUCCCGAGAAAUCAUGUUCAAAACAUAUAUCGUUUUUUCAUAGUGCUUUGAAAUUUUUUUUUAUUUUGCCAUUGUUCAAUAAUAUAGAAUCGACGAACAAGACUAUUUCGACUGAAAAAUUAUGAGCAUUUUUUGAGGAUGUGAGAAAAAUAUUGUCUUGCGAUAUCGAAUGGUUGCAUAAUGCAUUUUACAGAAUCACAAAAAAGAAAAGAUUUUUCAAUGCUUGAACUAGACUCGUGAUCGAAGUUGAACUAAGAAGAAAGAAUAGUCUCAAUAUUGGGAUAAAAUAUCUCGAUAUAUUUUUCCAAGAGUAUCCCUGAUCUCGUAUAAUAUUUAAACAAGUACGAUUAUCCUUGCAUAAAAACAAAAAUGUUUAGUACGAAACAUUCUAUAUACCAAAGAUGAAAACAAAGAUUAAUAUAUAUUAUAUCAUUAUUAUUGUCGUUAUUAAUAUUCAAUGCGUUGCAUUUUACCUCGAAUUAAUUAUGGCAUUUAUUUGUAUGGAAGAAUCAUAUUAAAUAUAAAAUAUUGUUAAUAAAACAUGAUUUUACAAUA